AUGAAGUUCGCCGCAACCCUCCUCACGGCUCUCGCCCUCGUUCUCCCCGCCCUAGGCCACCCCCUCGAGGAGCGCGACGAUGUGCAAACCGUUCACCUCACCUUCCACGGCGGCCCAGCCUCCUACGACCUCGCCAUCCCAGCCGACGGCAACACGUACCCCACAAACAACAACAUCGCCAUCGACAAGAUCGACGCGAACGACUACUUCGCCUACUCCAACUGCCAGUUCAACACCGCCGGCGAAAAGACGCUCGUCCAGUCCAUCAACAACCAGAAUGGCGACCAGGCCAUCAUCGUCGGCCCGCCCCAGCCGAUCAUCUCGGUCAGCUGCCAGGGCUUCUGCCUGGGCAUCUACGGGGAUUGCUACAAGAACGGCCAGUUCGUCGCGUUGUGCUGCAACGGCUUCUGUGCUGCGAACAAGUGCAGACCCUGGAUCGCCCCCAACUAA